AUGUCGCGACGCUGUGAGUAUACACACUUUGCCGACCAACCAGCCGCGAAGCUUCAGGUCGACUGGGUGCGGGGACUGACAAUUCCUGCAACGCGCAGCUUCGGGGAUGUGCACUACUUCUAUGGCCCGCCGACCGCGAAGCCUCCGCAUCAUCGCUUCGACAAAGGUUCUUAUGUCUAUCUGUUCGAGAAUGCGAAUGACCGGAGGGCGCGCGUCGAGAUUGCCAACCAACCCGGCACGGAGGACCAAGAUGCCCUUGAUGGAUUUCUGGAUAAGACUCGAGUGAGAUACUCUUACAGUCAGCAGUGUCUCGUGAGCAUUACCGUCGACGAUGUGCCUGGUGCGCCGAUGGACCACAGCCAGUGGCACCUCCCAACCUACGAUCCGCGGAAUGAGAACAAGUACCACUACAAGCUGCACUCCCUCGACAUAUACUUCUGGACGCAGACCGACGCCCUGCAGUUUGUCAAUGGCAUCCGCCGGGUCCUGCCGCCCUCCCAGGUAGAGGUGCUCGACGAACCUGGUCCGCCAGCCCACGCGCCCCGGACUCACUCCCAGGACGUCAACCCGCUGGUACAGAAGCUGGAGAGGGCCGCCAUCUCCGAGAACACCAACGGCACGCCGAGGCCCGCGCUGCAGGGUGUGCCGAGCUUCGAUCCACCUCCUAUCUCAGCCGUACACGGGUCAUCCGAGUCGCCCGCUGGUUUCGCGCCGAUGGCAUAUAACCCGGCGGCGCCGGCGGCCCCUGAGCAGGUCAGGCAUCGGGAGAAGACGCCCCCACCGGAGGAUGAUGGGGUGGACCCUCUCCGGGCCGCAGUGGCCGUGGAUCAUGCACCCCCCUAUACCCCGGGCUACGGGCCGCAGGGACCCAUGAGCCCAGGCUUCCCUGGCCACCCGCCCAGCGCUCGCCCCGGCGUGGUCAGUCCCGGCUUUCCGCCGUCGCAGUUUGGCCAUCUCCAACGCUCAGUGACCAUGCCCGUCUCCGGUCUGGCCUCCCCGGGCCUUGCUUCGCCAGGCCUCGUGUCCCCAGGCCUAGCCAGCCCUUACGGGUCCGCGUUCCCGGUUUCGCCGGGCUUCUCGCCGCCGCCGCCUCCUCCGCCCCCCAACACCCAGACCAACACGCACUCUCACCCGACUCCGCCUCCGCAACAACAUCCCCAUUCCCAACCCCUCCAGAGCCCCGGCAUGCCGCCGGGUGGGUACGCCAACUACAACUACAGCAGCCCGGUGGGCGGCGGCAUUCCGCCGGGAGGCGAGUUUGCGAUCCACCAGCAGGUGUACCGGCCGUCGGAGCACGAACACAACGUCAAGUACAAGCCGAAGCCGGACAGCCGGAGUAAGCUCGGGGAGAAUGCAGACAGGCUCGAGCGCGGGGUGACGGGCAUGCUGAAGAAGUUUGAGAAGAAGUUUGGAUGA